CGGGAUCAACACUAAGGCAGAACAUGAGGCUGAUUUUUGUUGACUCUAAAGCAACAGGUCCAUGGAUGUGAACUCAUGAUCCAAGAGCGGACCGGUCCAGGUGCGAGACCCAGCAUGCUGCCUCUGUUUCUGCUCUUCAGCACCGAGCAGGAGAUCGACUCAUGGGAUGUAGUGGCUGCAGAGUCAGGUUCAACUGUGGCAAGGUUCUGUCCAAAGGCUCCGUCUUCUUUACCAUGCUCCUGAUCUUCACCUACUUCUUCUACUGCCUCUCUGGGAUCUGUGACUCGGCUCCGAGAACUUUCUAUGCGGGACAAACUUUGGGGGAUGAGGAGCUGCGACCGUCGCCGCGUCUCCUGGCGGCGCAGAACCGGACCGACGCGGCACAGGUGUCGCAGCCGGGAGGAAGUGAGGACGCUGGGAUCCCCGUGUCCAACACAUUCGGGAGCAAGAGAUUUCCGCAAGCGAUUAUCAUCGGCGUGAAGAAAGGAGGGACCCGGGCUUUGCUGGAGUUUCUCCGCAUCCACCCCGACGUGAGGGCGGUGGGGGCCGAACCCCACUUCUUCGACCGCUUCUACGACAGAGGACUGGAGUGGUACAGGAGCCUGAUGCCUCGAACUUUGGACGGCCAGAUCACCAUGGAGAAGACGCCCAGCUACUUCGUCACCAAGGAGGCUCCCGGUCGAGUUUGCACCAUGAACCGCCAGGCCAAGCUCAUCGUGGUCGUGAGGGAUCCCGUGACGCGGGCCGUCUCGGACUACACUCAGACGCUCACCAAAAACCCCGGACUGCCGUCUUUCCUGAGUCUGGCUUUAAAAAACUCCUCCACGGGAUCGAUUGACACCACGUGGAGCGCCGUCCGCAUCGGCCUGUACGCCAAACAUCUGGAGAACUGGCUUCAGUACUUCCCUCUGUCUCAGUUUCUUUUCGUGUGCGGUGAGCGGUUGGUGUCGGAUCCCGCUGGGGAGAUGGGUCGGGUUCAGGACUUCCUCGGUCUGAAGAGAGUCGUGUCAGACAAGCACUUCUACUUCAACCAGACCAAAGGGUUCCCCUGCUUGAAGAAGCCAGAGGGAAGCAGUAGGCCACGCUGCCUGGGGAAGUCGAAGGGAAGACCUCAUCCUCAGAUUCCUGCUGAGGUCCUGCAGAGACUCAGAGACUUCUACAGACCUUUCAACCACCAGUUCUACCAGAUGACCGGGCAGGACUUCAGCUGGGACUGAAACUCUUCUUCGACCACACACACUCUCAGGGACGGAUUUAGAGUCCAGCAACUGGGACUUCAACGGAUCAAUCUGCCUCAGUGGUAUUGACACACAGCGAAGGACCCGACGGGUUCAGUGCUGUUUAUAAGCAGUCGCGAAAGUAGUUAAUGGCUCUGAUAUAUCUUAACCAGCCUCUCAGUCUUUCAACCCGUUCUUUUCAUGUUCUAGACCAAGAACCUAUCCCCGAUUUGGCAUGAGUUCCAUUUGGCUUCUCUUAAUGAAAGAAGGAAGAGGCUCUACUCUGAGCUUCAUUUGGAUGACUGAGCUACUAUGUCUAGGUUCAUCCAGAGAAUGUGCAGAGAAAGCUGAUGUUAGCAGUUCAAACCUUGUUUGGGACCAUAGGUGAAGGUAGGAACAAAGAUUGACUUGUAAACGUUCUACUUUACCAGAUCAAUCAUCACUCGUGAACAGGACCCGGAGAUACUUGAACUCCACCGCACGUGAGAAGAUCAUAACCUGAACAAGACAUUCGACCAAACCUUGGGCUUCAUCUUCACGGCCAAUUUAUUGAUUUAUUUAGUUGAAAGACUGGCUUACUUACUGACAUGCAUGUAGGACUCUCAACGGAAAAUAUUGAGUACAUUGUCUGACAUGCU